AUGCAAAACGACCCUUUGAUUGUACACCACUAUCACGCCCCGUUGAAAAUCCCCCCUUCUCCAGAUGAGGAAGCUGAAUUAGUAAGAUACCGCUAUAUCGUUCGAGCACAAAAUACCAGUCUUCUGCACUAUGCCACAGACCCAGGUCCCAAGAUCUUACCAUUCGAUCCAUCUCUAAACCUAUUUGCGCCAUUGUGGUUAGUGAUUCGCGACGAACUCCCAGGGCUAUGUCAAAACAUGCAUUUCUGUCAAUACGAAAAAUCCUCAGGGGCGCCUCUGCAAUAUGUCUUAGAUCAAGACCCGUCUCAGGUCAUUACCGAGCAUCCUGGAUACACAGAUCUAUUCGCGUGGGGUUCCGGAGACUUGAAGCUACUACAAGCAAUCCAGCACCACUGCCUACAAGCACGACUCCGACGUUGUCAAUCCUAUCGCUGUGUCAGGAUUCAGGCUGAAAUUCAGCAGCUGGUCCCUGCCUGCCAUGAAUGGAAUAAUUUCCGCGAGUGGCUGCUCUGUGCGAUGUCCUGCGCACUGGCAGCCGAUAAUGUAGGGGAUGUCUGGUUACUCGAUUUCACGGUGUCUGGGUUUAAGAAAAUGUUGCAAAUUGGUCUCAUCGAGGCCUUUAAACAGCCAUUGGCCUUUCAGGUACAUGAACUUAUAUACUUCUGGCGCUCGGAGAUCAGCCACCUCAAAAGUUCAGAGCAAGACUGGCUGUGGAACGAUCCAAACCUCCUGAGUUGGACAGCGCAAUCUGGAUUAUAUUCACGUAUCACGGUUCCAGCAGUCUCACUUGCCUUGUCGGUCGCAGAGAAUCUUCAGAUAUGUCCUAAAAGACUAUGGAAUCUGGCAAAAAUUUCUAAUCGCGGCCCAAACGAUAUCCCUGCACUAUUGGACGUUAUAAAUAACUCCGGGUGCCGCGAUCUUUUCGCUCAUUCACAACACAAUAUUUGCUCACCGGAGUACUGUCCACUUGAGAAUGAGAAUAGCAAUCUCAAGGAACAGCUUCACGUUUGCGACGAUGAAGAGACCUGUCGUAUCUUAGAAUUUCCAAUAGAUGCAUUUGAGGAGGCUGUUCUCGAGCACGCGAAUAGAGACACCAAAUCCCCAGGCGCAGUUGUAUGGUCGAUUGAUGAAACACAACCAAUGAGACCUUUUUUUGCGAGGCAAAAUGACUACGCUGCUAUAUCGCAUGUGUGGUCCGACGGCACGGGUGUCGGUAUACGAGAGCCGGGCAAAGUCAACUCAUGCCUCUUCCGCAGAUUCGCUAGAGCAGCUGCAAAACUUGGUUGUGUUGGGAUCUGGUGGGAUACAAUUUGCAUCCCAAAAGAUCGCAAGGCAAGGCGUGUCGCGCUAAGUAACAUGAAUCUGAACUACCAAUACGCACGUCAAACAAUUGUUCACGAUACGUAUCUUACUCAAUUUCCCUGGAAAGAAGAUGGCAGCCCCGGGAUAGCUCUAGUUUUGUCGCCAUGGUUCACACGUGGCUGGACUGCUCUCGAGUUAGCUAUGUCGAGAAAUAUUAUGGUGUUAUACCAUCAACCAGAGGGUAUUGAGGGAAUGGUCCUCAAAAGUCUUCAUGGAGAUGUUGUCGCUGGUGGUAUUACAUCCCUGGGAAAUCGGAUAGUAACUAGACUUAUCGAGCGUCUCAGGGAUCCCAAGCCUUCCCUUUUUGAUCUUUUGAAGGUUCUAAGCUGCCGGACAACUUCAUGGGCACUCGACCGAAUGAUAAUCACAGCUCUUAUGGCAAAAACGAUACGCGUUGAACCCGGUGACUCUGCUGUCGAUAUGGCUAAAAAAAUUGUUUUGAGCCAGGAAUGCGUUCCUAAGGCUUUGCUUUGUCAUGGUAGCAGUACAAUGACACCGCGUGGUGCUUUCUCAUGGUGCCCUUAUAACCUAUUCGACAGCAACCUUGUCAUUAAAUCUCAUUUCGACGAGGGAAGCACGAUGCGAAAUUUCCAUAGACAACGCAGACUCCAGAUUAAAACGCAAGGUCUGGACGAAACUUACCGUCAGUAUUGGGAAAACGCGCUCGAUUUCAAAGAAGUUCGUAUCCUUGCUGAUGGUACAGCUUUGGGGGUAUGGGAGUUCUAUGUGAUUUCAGUUGAACCUUUAGCUCGGUUCAAGGCGUACAGCUCCCAAGUUUCGGUGGAAUUCCGAGUCAAUGCCGCCUUGCAACGUCCAUGGCAGUACCUGCUUCUAACCCACUCUUCCUGCAGGGAUAUCUUAAUCCUUGUGGAACCAACCAGUGUCCAGGAACGCGAUCAUGAAUGGCAUGUCAAUUGCAACUACAUUGGCUGCGUAACGGGCGACACUGCGAGCUGUGAACCUGCGUAUUUGGCGAAAUUCAGAAUCGGAUCCGAUGAAGUGGGAGUCGAAUUCGCUGAAUAUGUUCUCGCCGACCUUCGAAAAAAAACUGAUGGUAGAGAACCAAGGAAAAUUCAGGAUUUCGAAUAA